UUGGUGUGGCAUUGUCAUCUUGCCUGCAGGGCGUCAUUAGCUACAGAGAGCACCUUCCCUCAAUGCUGCGGAGAAGAAACCGGCUGGCCACCUAAAUGUGUUUUACAAAGCUCCACCUAUUCCUGACACAACACAGACAGAUCAGGAAAUACGGCUUGUCUUCCUGAGCACACACACUCACACACCCACAGACAGAUCAGAAAAGUGACUGCAACAACUUCCACUGAGGAAGGACAGAAGAAUUCUGAGACACUGCCUUUUUAACCAGUUGGUGACUGCAUGGACUUUUAGAAAAUAAGGUAACCACGUGACUUUUGGGAAAUAUUCCUGAGGACAGUGUAGCACCUCUGUUGUGUUGGGAAAUGGCUUCUUGUUCAGUGGAGGAUCUCUGCUGCCCCGUGUGCCUUCAGAUCUUCAAACACCCCGUCAUCCUGCCAUGCAGCCACAGCUUCUGUAAAACCUGUCUGCAGUGCUGGUGGACAAAGAACAAAACGCAAGACUGUCCAGUCUGCAAGAAAAAAUCUUCAAACAUUGAGCCAAUGUGUAAUUUGACAUUAAAGAAAUUGUGUGAGGCUGAGUUACUGGCGCGGGAUCCGAGAUUUUCCUCAGGCUUUGAGACUCUCUGCAGCUUGCACUUGGAGAAACUCAAUCUCUUCUGUCUGGACCAUCAGCAGCCGGUGUGUCUCGUCUGCAGAGACUCUGAAAAACAUGCCAGCCACAUAUUCAGACCUGUUGACGAGAUGGCGCAGGAGCUUGGGGAGGAACUCUCAAAAUCCCUAAAGCCAUUAGAAAAGCAGCUGGCUGUCUUCAUUAAAGUCAAACAACAAUGGGAUCAAACCGCAAAACACAUCAAGAUGCAAGCUCAGCACACAGAGAGGCAGAUUAAGGAGCAGUUUAAGAGGCUUCACCAGUUCCUAGAGGAGGAACAGGAGGCCAGGAUGGCUGUGCUGAGGGAGGAGGAGGAGCGGAAGAGCAAGGUGGUGAAGGAGAAGAUAGAGGCUGCAAAAAGGGAGAUAAAAGCUCUUUCGGACACACUAAGAACCGCAGAGGAGGAGCUGAGAGCUGCAGACAUUUUGUUCCUGCAAAACUACAAGGCGGCAGUGGACAGAGCCCAGCAGCGCCACCUGGUGGAAGACCCACAACUGUACUCGGGAGCUCUCAUAGACAUACCCAAACACCUGGGCAACCUCACCUUCAACAUCUGGAGCAAGAUGAAGAACAUGGUGUCCUACUCGCCGGUGAUUCUGGACCCAAACACUGCUGGUUCUUACCUCGUCAUAUCUGAAGAUCUGAGCAGUGUGAGCAUGGGAAAAGGAGAAUGUCUCCCUGAGAAUCCAGAGCGCUUGAAAGACUCAUUCUCCACGCUUGGCCACGAGGGCUUCGACUCAGGGACCCACAUCUGGGACAUCGAGGUCGGGCAGAACACAAACUGGGAGGUGGCUGUGUUUGAAGCGUCUUCCCACAGGAAGGGAAACGUUAACUCUGGAUUAUGGAGGAUAGAGUUUUUUAACGAGAAAUACUGCGCCUUCUCCCCAUCAGCUGAAGUUUCUGUUCCUUAUAUUGAACUGAACAGAAAACUGGAGAGGAUCAGAGUGCACGUGGACUGGGAUGGAGGAAAGGUGACUUUUUCUGAUCCUGACACUGACACACACAUACACACUUUCACACACACUUUCACUGACAAGCUGUAUCCGUACAUUUGGACUGAUGAUACACUACCUCUGAGGGUGUUACCAGUGAAGGUCUCUGUGAGAGUGGAACAGUAAAGGUGGAGAUGAUGAUGAUGAUGAUGAUGAUGAUGAUG